UUAAACCUCUGUGCCCUAGCUAAGAAGCUGGACCCACCGCCGCCGCCAAACGCAGCCACCCGCCGCCGCCUUUUCCGGCGGACCUCUCCCCUUGCCUGUCUGCCUCUCGGUUUCAGACUGAGUUUAUCGAUUACGACAUUGUUAACUAAGUCAUUUUUUAAAUUUAGCGCCGCAAUUAAAGAUAUAAACUUGGUUUAUUAGGUCAAAGAUUUCUCUCAUGGCAACUAGGCUUCAAUAUGAGAAUUCUUGUGAAAUUGGAGCUUUCUCAAAACUUACCAAUGCGUAUUGUUUGACUGCUAUUGGAGGUUCUGCAAAUUUCUACAGUGCAUUUGAGGCUGAACUAGCAGAUAUUAUCCCUGUGGUCAAAACAUCCAUUGCUAGCACUCGCCUUGUUGGUCUUCUUUCUGUUGGAAACAAGAAUGGGCUUUUGUUGCCCCAUACCACCACAGACCAAGAGCUUCAACAUUUGAGAAACAGUCUACCUGAUCAUGUACUUGUUCAGCGUAUAGAAGAAAAAUUGUCUGCUCUGGGAAAUUGUAUAGCAUGCAAUGACCAUGUUGCCCUUGCACACGCUGAUCUCGACAAGGAAACUGAGGAGCUGAUUGCUGAUGUUCUUGGAGUUGAAGUUUUCAGGCAGACAGUUGGUGGUAAUAUUCUUUCUGGCAGUUACUGUGCUCUGUCCAACAGAGGUGGUUUGGUCCACCCUCAUACUUCUGUUGAAGACUUGGAUGAACUCUCUACACUUCUUCAAAUUCCGUUGGUUGCAGGGACUGUCAAUCGCGGUAGUGAAGUAAUAGCAUCUGGCAUGGUAGUAAAUGAUUGGACGGCAUUUUGUGGCUCAGACACUACAGCAACAGAGCUCUCUGUGAUUGACACUGUUUUCAAGCUGAGGCCCAGCCUCAAUAAUGAGCUAAUUUACAUAUCCUAUUAUAAAUAAUUUUUCCAUUAUCACUCAAUUCAGUAGAUUAAAAGUGAACAACUUUGUACAGUUUGCAAGAUUUGAGGCGUUACGCGACUUAUAAUUAGUUUAUUUAAAAGCAAAACUGAAUCUCAUAUAUGAAUUGUUUUUUGAUGGACACAGGUUAUUUUUUCA